AUGUCCUGUAUUGAGGCACUAACGACAAGACAGUAUCUCGACAAUGGUUCGCCAUUCGCCUCGUGCGCAACUACCUCGAUCAACAACACUUUCCUCAACCGUCUCAAACCUAUUAUGUCCACAAACAUACAACCACACUCCAUCCCAUCUACGAGGGGCGCAGUCUUCCCUCACCUCCUGACUGUGCCCCCGUUCGCCCUCCCCGUCGCUAAGACAAAGCCGUCGUCGUCGCCAUCGUCAACAGCACCCUCGACACCGAAUCCCAAUGAAGAACGACAUUGGGUCAAAAUUACGUCUGGAAACAACACCGGUAUCCUCGCAAAGCAUCCUUCGUCUGACCGGAGCGGUGCUCUGCGAGAUUCCGGCGUGAGCCUCCCCGCGCGACCGUCCUCUUCCAUCUCGUCUUCCUCUGGCAGCAAGAGCCGUACGAGCUCGAGCGGUUCUUCGAUAUUCUAG